UUUGCAGAGAAGGUAGGGUUUUGUCUCAACCAACCAUUCACGGCAGGAGUUGCCGGCGAUCAGAUUUUCCGAUGAAGAUGGACAGUAAACAGAUUACUUCUGAGGAUGACCUUGCAAACGAAUAUCUUCAUCAAAUGGAGAGUGAUAUGAAUCUUACCACAUUGGGUUUAAGUAAGAUGAUUGAGGCAAAUAGGAAAGAACUUGAUUCUUGGAGCAGAAAGAUAAACAACGAUCAUGAAGCUUUUCAUAAACGAAUAAAGCAGAAAUUGGAUGACGAGAAGAAAAAGAGUGCAACAAUAACGAAGAUGUUACUUGAAGAAACAAAGAAGAUGCAGCAGCUUUCACAAGAGUUUGUGCGUACAAUUUUAGAUGAGCAGGAGAAGAUAAAACAUGAACUGGAAGUUAGGAGGAAGGAACUUGAUUCCUGGAACAGAGAGUUAAACAAACGUGAAGCUUUGACUGAUCGCGAAAGACAGAAAUUGGAUGAUGAGAAGCAAGAGAAUACAACUAAAAACAAUUCACUUGAAAUGCCAUCCUUGAAGCAGAAGAAGUAUGACGAGAAUGUCUUGAGAUUGGUUGAAGAGCAUAAGAAGGAGAAACAGGAGGCAUUAGCUAAAAUUCUUGUACUGGAAAAACAACUGGAUGCCCAACAGAUGCUAGAGAUGGAAAUUGAAGAUCUGAAAGUUAAAAUGCAGGUGAUAAAACAUCUUGGAGAUGAAGAUGACGAGGCCUUACAAAAGAUGAUUAAAAAGUUGAAUGACGAACUGGAACAAAAGCAAAAUGAGAUGAUUGAUCUAGAGGACCUAAAUCAAAUCCUGUUGAUCAAAGAAAGAAUGAGCAAUGACGAAGUACAAGAAGCUCGUAAAGAGUUUAUUAAGGAUCUUGAAGAGUCGAUGGGUAGUUGUGCUAGUAUUGGGAUUAAAAGAAUGGGAGAGAUUGAUAGAAAGCCCUUCCAGAUUGCUUGCAAAAGAAAAUACCCAUCUUCAGAUGUAGACAUUAAAGCCUUAGAGCUAUGUUCCUCUUGGCAAGAAAAUAUGAAAGACCCUGAAUGGCAUCCCUUUAGGGUCAUUAUGAAUGCAGAAGGAGAACACGAGUUAAGUGUUAAUGAAGAGGAUGAAAAUCUGAAAAGUCUAAAGGAAGAACUCGGAGUUGAGGUGUACGAAGCAGUUGUCGUAGCGAUGAAAGAAAUGAAUGAAUAUAACCCUAGUGGCAGUUAUGUAGUUUCAGUACUAUGGAACUUUAAGGAGAAUAGACAAGCUACACUGAAGGAAGUUAUUGCGUUUCAUAUCAAGAAUCUGAAAGAAUUUAAGCGCAGAAAGAGGACUUGAAGAAAUAAGGUUAGUUUUUGCUGCUGUAACUAUGAAAAAUUAUCUAAUUUUUUUGUUUGUCUGGAUUUUCCAAUGAUUUAGAUUUACUUUUAACUUUGGAAACAUCUUUUGAAACCUAUAUUAAUGAAGAUGAUACUUUGAAACUGUGACA